AUGGGCUUCUACCACUACUUGACUUUCUUGAUUGCACUUUUGUUCUUCGCUAUUGCUGAAGCUAAUUCCAAUGGGGUGGCAAUUGUGAGGAAUAUAAAUGAACUUGCUCAGGAUAGCUAUGGAAUUCCUGGUUUGUCACACAUUACUGUUGCUGGUUCAGUUUUACACGGUUUUAAAGAGGUUGAAGUGUGGCUAGAGACAUUUGCUCCCGGAGCUGCCACGCCGAUCCACAGGCACUCAUGCGAGGAAGUCUUUGUGGUGCUUAAGGGAACUGGCACUCUAUAUCUUGCCUCGAAUUCAAAUCCAAAAUACCCCGGGAGCCCGCAGGAGUUUCCAAUCUUAUCCAACAGUACCUUUCAUAUCCCUGUCAAUGAUGUUCAUCAGGUCUGGAAUACUAAUGAAAGUGAGGAUCUACAGGUGUUAAUAAUCAUAUCUCGACCUCCAAUCAAAGUGUUCAUAUAUGAUGAUUGGCUCAUGCCACAUACUGCAGCCAAAUUGAAGUUUCCUAUUUUUUGGGAUGAAUAUCAGAUACAACCUGUGAAAGAUGAGCUUUAA